AACCGGACAAGAAAAGACAGAAAGGAACAGUGGAGGAGUUUACCGCAGGAAACACGGCACCAAACUCCCAACUAAACUGUCCCGAGCAGCACCCAUGUAAACGAUUUUUACGCGGUCUCCUUGGUAGUUGUGGGGACGUGGGAUUCCUGUCUGCGACUGGCCAACGAUGAUAGAGCUCAGCCCGCUCUGCUGCAGCACCCGCCGGCUCUUCUGAGAUGUCUCGCGGAGAAUUGAUAUGUGGAUGACGGUGUGAGCCAGUGGAAUUCGAAGUGCCCUCCAAGAGAUCCUCGCGCACGGAGCCAAAAAGAAAACCUGUUCCAGUUGAUGCACGAAAGAAAAAACACGCCCAAAUAUGUUGAUGCCAGGACCACUGUGGGUGUGCCUGGCUCUGACUUGGGUUGGAAGCUGCAGUGGACACAGCCUGUUUACCUGUGAGCCCAUCAGAAUACAUAGAUGCCUGGGGAUGCCCUACAACAUGACCUUCUUCCCCAACAUGAUGGAGCAUUACGAUCAGGAUAUUGCAGCCAGUAAUAUGGAGCCAUUCAUGCCCCUGGUCAGCCUGCGCUGCUCUCCCGACGUCCACCAGUUCCUGUGCCAGGCCUUUAUCCCAGCAUGCACCGAGGAGGACAAGGUGAUCCGUCCCUGCAGAGAGCAGUGCGAGACAGUUCUGUCCGACUGCAAGGAGAAUAUCCGCAUCUUUGGUGUCACCUGGCCUCCGGAGCUACAGUGUGACAAAUUGGACCCGUGCAGCUCUCCUGAUGGGUCAGCGCUUCCUGCAACCACCCCAGUUAUGUCCUCAUCAGUUAAGAGAGACCUUGGAUUCUGGUGCCCACUGCAGCUGAAGACUAAGCCAGGCCUCGGCUCGUCGUUCCUCGGUGCCCAGGACUGCGCCCCACCCUGCACCAACAUGUACUUCAAACCUCAUGACAUUGACUUUGCCAAGAGCUUCAUCGGCGUGUGCUCCAUCAUCUGCCUGGCAGCCACGCUCUUCACCUUCCUCACGUUCCUCAUCGACGUCAAGCGCUUCCGCUACCCGGAGCGGCCCAUCAUCUUUUACGCCGUGUGCUACAGCUUCGUCUCGCUCAUAUACUUCAUCGGUUUCCUGCUGGGUAACAAUGCAGCCUGCACCAAAGCAGCCAGUCCCGCAGGCGUGGACACGGUGGUGCUGGGCUCUCAGAGCAAAGGCUGCACUCUGCUCUUCAUGCUCCUCUACUUCUUCUCCAUCGCUGGUAUCGUCUGGUGGGUCAUACUCACCAUCACCUGGUUUCUGGCGGCUGGACCCAAGUGGAGCUGUGAGGCUAUUGAGAAAAAAGCGGUGUGGUUCCACUCUGUUGCGUGGGGGAUCCCAGGGGCCCUAACCGUCAUGCUGCUGGCUCUGAACAAGGUCGAAGGGGACAACAUCAGCGGCGUUUGUUUCGUCGGGCUCUACGACCUGGACGCGCUGCGCUACUUUGUCCUGGCUCCGCUGUGCGUGGGCGUCGUGGUCGGCCUCUUCCUCAUCCUGGCAGGUAUCGUUUCUCUAAACCACGUUCGGCAGGUCAUCCAGCACGACGAGCGCAACCAGGAGAAGCUGAAGAAGUUCAUGAUCCGCAUCGGCGUGUUCAGCGGCCUCUACCUGGUCCCGCUCGUUACCCUGCUGGCCUGCUACACCUACGAACAGAGUCACCGCAGCACCUGGGAGAAUACGUGGAUCAACGACCGCUGUCAGGAGUACAGCAUUCCUUGCUCCUAUAAGACCACAGAGCACGACCGACCUGACCUCUCCCUGUUUCUGGUGAAAUACUUGAUGACACUGAUAGUUGGAAUAUCUGCAGUGUUCUGGGUCAGUAGCAAAAAGACCUGUUCUGAAUGGGCCUACUUCUUCAACAGGACCCGCAAGAGAGAUCCUAUCAGCGAGAGCCGCCGGGUGCUGCAGGAGUCCUGCGAGUUCUUCCUCAAGCACAACAGCCGCGUCCAGCACAAGAAGAAGCACUACAAGCCCAGCUCCCACAAACUCAAGGUCAUCUCCAAGUCCAUGGGCACGAGCACCGGCAUCGCACCCAGCAACGCCUCCACCACCACCAACCAAGGAACAUCUGCGCUGGGCAACCACGAUCCUCACAUGCGUGGCUCCCUGUCCGAAGCGUCGGCCAGGGAGCCUCUGGAGCGGGGCGCCUCCAGCAGGAACUCUAGGAGGGGGGAGAGGGAGAGGGACAGGGAGGCGGGAGAGAGGCGCAGCAAAGGGGGGAGCUCCAGUAAAAUCAGCAGCCGCUCAGAGAGCAUGCACAGGGUUGCGGAUGGGAGGGUGACUCCGAGGAGCGAGCUGUCGGAGGUCAGACAAGUUUCCAGUGGACAGCAGCAGCACCCAGCUUUAAACCAUUCACACGCCAGCUGCAUCCAGGAGUCGACCCACCAGAUGGUGCACCAGGUGCAAGAAGAGAGCGAAGAACCAAAGGACAGCAGCUGCUGAGACACCUGACAUGUUCAUCCGUCCAUGAUCCAUCCAUCCCUCUACCCAUCCAUCCUUGAUACCACUCAGACACACUUAAUGCCAGCUGAAUAGCGGUUACAUUAUAGUUGAUGAGUUGUCAUUUAUCAGCAACAUGUUACAAACCUUAAGUAUUUCAAAUGUGGUAUGUUGGACCAGAAUCUUUAGUGUAAGCUCAAAGGUGUUGUUGUGAUGAGGCUCUACCGAAAUGUUGCUGUCUCCCAACCACACAACUACCGAUGGUCAUUUAAUUUUGUAGCAUGCAUUAGGUCUACUUAUUCAAUAGCAUAUGAUGCUUGCUAGUAAAACAUGCAAUAUUUAUGUAAAUAUUCUUUCACUGGACGAGUCGCUACACUGGGAGUCUUUGUCAUGAUAUUGCUAAACGUUGAACCAAAGGAAAGCCUUCGACUGGUUCACAAUUUCUGAAUGUCUUAUUGUUCUCCUUGGAAACACGAUUUAUCUCAAUAUUUCAGCCUGAAGUACAAAUUGUGUGCCUCUCUCUCUUGCUCCUUUAGGAAAAAAGCAUGAUCUUACACUUGUUUUUUAGAGAAUAUGGUGUUUAUUAUUUCUAGUCAUUUUAUGAUCAGUUCUUAAUUGUUUCCACUGUGCAGACACUUAUUGUGCUGAGACGUCUUAAAAUGGCAUGAAUUUGGGAUGAAAUACAAUAUUGUAAAAAAAAAAAAAAAAAAUGCUUUCAUUUCAAAGAAGAGAAGUCUGAAUCAAUUCGGUGACUCAACAAACAGGCUUUGCACUAUUUGUUAUUAAAAGCACAAACCACUAAUUAUUAAGUAGAAAUAAAGUAAUAGAGAUAUGUUAGGGGGUUAUUUAUAACAUAUGGGCCGCAGACUUAUAUCUCUACUCCAAGUAGUUCCAGAACGACAUCUGUGAUUUAUUUGAAGAUGUAACUUGCUGUUCUGCCUAUUAUUCUGUGUAAGGGACCGAUUAUUCCCUUUGGUUAAUGUUUUUAUUUUGGAAUAUAUGGGAGUGACCGGACAAUGACACAAAUAAAAAGGGAAUCUUUUUUUUAUUAUUAUUAUAUUUUUAUUCUGGCAUGUGGACGAGGGUCUUGCUUAUGAUGUAUGUAGACAUGCAGUAGUUUUGUGAGACGUUUAUACUGUAUUUUUUUUUAUGUAGCGUAUCUUUUCGAUUCAUUUUUUUUUUAUCAUUAUUUUUGUAUCAGUGCUGCUUCUUUUUGAGAAAAAAAUAUUAAAUUAAAAAUUGAAUGUA